ACGUGGAGUAGUCUGUUAGAGAUGGCGUCCCUUUUGCAGCCAGACAGGGUACUCUACCUAGUUCGCGGAGAGAAAAAGAUCCGAUCUCCGUUAUCUCAACUGUACUUCUGCCGUUAUUGCAGUGAAUUGCGCUCCCUGGAAUGUGUGUCACACGAAGUGGAUUCACACUACUGCCCUAGUUGCCUGGAAAAUAUGCCUUCAGCAGAGGCAAAACUAAAAAAGAACCGGUGUGCCAACUGCUUUGACUGCCCAUGUUGCAUGCAUACUUUGUCCACUCGAGCCACCAACAUACCUGCACCCCUUCCUGAUGACCCCACUAAGACAACCAUGAAGAAGGCCUACUAUCUGGCAUGUGGGUUCUGUCGCUGGACUUCCCGUGAUGUGGGCAUGGCAGACAAAUCUGUUGCUAGUGGAGGAUGGCAAGAACCAGAGAACCCACAUACCCAAAGGAUCAACAAGCUGAUCGAAUACUAUCAGCAGCUGGCCCAGAGAGAGAAGCUGGAGCGAGACCGGAAGAAACUGGCCAGGCGACGUCCGUUUAUGCCCCAGGCCUUCUCGCAACACACUAUUCACGUGGUGGAGAAGUAUGGCUUGGGAACCAGGCUUCAAAGACACAGAUCAGGGGCUCCCAUCUCCAGCCUCUACGGCCUGUCCCUUAAAGAAGGAGAGGACCAGAAGGAGAUCACCAUCGAGCCUGCACAGGCCCUGGACGAGGUGGAGCCACUACCAGAGGACUACUACACCCGACCCGUCAGCCUGCCGGAGGUGACCACCUUGCGGCAAAGGCUUCUUCAGCCAGACUUCCAGCCUGCGGGGGCGUCUCAGCUGCACCCCAAACACAAGCACCUCCUGAUCAAACGCUCGCUCCGCUGCAGGAAAUGUGAGCACAACCUGAGCAAACCAGAGUUUAAUCCAACUUCAAUAAAGUUCAAAAUCCAGCUGGUGGCUGUGAGUUACAUCCCUGAUGUGAGAAUAAUGUCCAUCCCAAACCUUCGACAUAUGAAGGAGAGCCAGGUGUUGCUGACCCUCACCAACCCAGUGGAGCACGUGACCCAUGUCACCCUGAUGGCCUGCGAGGAAGGCGACGCCGACGACGUCAACAGCACUGCCAAGGUGAUGGUUCCUACGAAGGAGCUGGUGCUGGCAGGAAAGGAUGCGGCCGCAGAGUACGAUGAGCUGGCAGAACCGCAGGACUUCCAGGACGACCCAGAUGUGGUGGCCUUCAGGAAGUCCAACAAGAUCGGCUUCUUCAUCAAGGUGGUGCCCCAGCGCGAGGAGGGCGACGUGACCGUGGCGUUCCGCUUGCGCCACGACUUCCGCAACCUGGCCGCGCCCAUCCGGCCCAGCGAGGAGGGGGACGCGCCCGCCGAGGCCAUCUGGCUCACGCACCACGUGGAGCUCAGCCUGGGGCCGCUGGCUCCCUGAGCGGAGAGACACACACACACGUACUCACACACACACACACACACACACACGCACACUAUCAAACACACACCCUUACAUACAGUAUCUCAUACACAUACAUACUCAUGCAGAUCCGCAGAGAUUCAUAGAACAUACAGGCCUGUGAACAUACAGGCAUACACACACACACACACACACACACACACUGACUGACAUCUGCAUACAUAACACAGGUGUAUACUCACGUGUUAGACCCUAGUGAUCUCUCUACACAGACACUCAGUUAUGGGUCACUUGGGACUUUGAGUUACCAAAAGCAUAUCAGAGAGAAUAAAACAUAUUACACGCACACACAUACUCUCUCCCUCUGAGUUGCAGCCUCAGGCUUGAAGCUACCGUAGUUCCGGGUGGAAAACUAUAGAAACACACACACACACCCCUUUGGAACACUUUCAAACACUCACACCGUCAUACACUACCUUGUCAGCUACAUGCUAGCCAGCUAGUCAUCCAACAUGUUAACUUAAGAAGCUAUUUAACUGCAUGCAGUUGCUGUGUCCCUGUACCGGUUGUGUCCUGUGUACCCUGGUGACUAAGGGAGGUCCUGCCACAGGGUUUUCAAGUGCAAUGUUGCUGUUCAUUGUACGGUUUCUUCUUAGCAAUCAACAAAGGAGGUUGUGGAGGAGAUGGCUAGUGUAACAAAAGCUCUUUCAGUGUUUUUAGAGGUGAGACAAGGUCUGGUGGGAUCCAGGCUGGCGAGUGAAAUGACAUCGGCUAGGUUUUCCUUUCUUUUUUUCGCUUUCUUUUUAUUACAUGUGAGAUUUUGAAACACAAGGCCUUACAGUAUGGUUACUAGUGUACAGCGAUAGUGAAUGAAGUAAUGUUCAUCAUAACUUCAUCAUAAGUUUAAAAUGUUAGCAUUUUUGUGUUUUUUUUUUUAGGUUUAAGAGGAAGGUCUGUAUUGAGAUGAGGAUUAUGAAGGAAUAUGUGACUUAUGUUUUUUCUCAUUUUGGUCUCUCUGGCUUGCUGUCCGUCUUUGUUGUUUUUCCUUACGUCACUGGCAUUGUGAACGCUUUUAUUAUGCACAUCUGCGCACCUUCUUUCUUAGACAUGUUCUGAGCAUUCCUUACCUUCCUGAUGUCAACUUUAAAACUGUUGUGAUUGCAGAUAAUUUAGAGACAACUCGUCAUUGACUUGGUAGCGUAUUCUGCCGUUCUUGGACACUGUUUGGUAGCAAAAACUUGCAGAUUUAUUGGCUUUUGCUUCUAAUCAAUAAAACCUUCCAUGCAGCA